AUGACUGAAGUGGAUUCGGUUCCAAGCCAGAGGUUAGCAGGGAAAGUGGCAUUGGUGACUGGUGGAGCCACCGGUAUUGGAGAAAGCAUUGUGCGCCUAUUCCACAAACAUGGUGCAAAAGUUUGUUUAGUUGAUGUGCAGGACAACCUAUCCUUGCAAGUCUGCGAAUCCCUCGGUGGUGACCCAAAUGUUAGUUAUUUCCAUUGUGAUGUCACAAUAGAGGAUGAUGUCAGCCGUGCAGUUGAUUUCACAGUCAAUAAAUAUGGCUCACUUGAUAUCAUCGUCAACAAUGCUGGGGUGUCAGGCUCACCUUGUCCCGACAUCCGCAAUGCAGACAUAUCUGAGUUUGAGAAGGUAUUUGAUAUUAAUGUGAAGGGAGUCUUCCUUGGAAUGAAACACGCAGCUAGGAUAAUGAUCCCACUAAAAAGGGGCAGUAUAAUUUCUCUUUCCAGUGUUUCAAGUGCUUUAGGAGGCUUAGGACCACAUGCAUACACAGGGUCCAAGCAUGCUGUAUUGGGGCUCACCAAGAACGUUGCUGCCGAGCUUGGAAUUCAUGGGAUUCGUGUUAACUGUGUUUCUCCUUACGCAGUUGCGACAAAUUUGGCUUUGGCUCACUUGCCCGAGGAGGAAAGAACUGAAGAUGCCUGGGCAGGUUUCCGUUCGUUUGUAGGGGGAAAUGCCAACUUGCAAGGAGUAGAAUUGACAGUUGAUGAUGUAGCUAAUGCUGUGCUCUUCUUAGCAAGUGAUGAGUCCAAGUAUAUAAGUGGGGAUAAUCUCAUGAUUGAUGGGGGCAUCACUUGCGUGAAUCACUCACUAGGAGUAUUUAGAUGA